AUGGACGAGGACGACAAUGUCGAUAAUGCUACCUCUUCCGAGAACAACAAACCAUCCAGACGGGAGCGGCUCAAGGGAGCACUGGCCCGGACGAAGAGCAAGUUCAAAAAGAACAAUAAUGAUACCAACGAAGAGGGAGAUCUUCCUGAUGACGUGAACGAGUUUUUGGCUGCGGGCAGGACAUCUACCUCGAGCUGGCCAUCGCACGGAGACAGCCUUCCGCAUCCUAUACCUACGAGCAUCACCACCACCCCCCUUGACCAGAACUCUCCGACCUCUACACGGCCAUCGACGUCCGAUUCAUUCACCAAUCCCUCUGCCUCUCAACGUUCACCGAAAAAGCUCCCUGUCCCAAGAAUUGACGUCUCCAACGCGCAACGUUGGCCCCGAGCCCAGCCCAUUGGAACCUCAGAGCAGGACAUCAACGACUUCUUGCGUCCAGAAUACCAGGGGCGUAGUCAGUCAGUCAGCUCGCUCUCUACCAAGCCUAAGCGCAAGGGGCGUGGUAGGGGACUAAGUGUCUCCUUCAUCGAAGCUCCCCCGGUCAUUAUUGGCGAGGGCGGGGACGAUGCGCCUACACCUCCAGUCGAGAUCUCAAAGGCGAGACAAAGAGCUAGAUCUGCAUCACCAAUGCCAAACCGUGGUCAGUCUCAAUCGCGUGACCACUCGAGAAGUCCAAUGAAUGGGGCAUCCGAACAACGACGUGCUCCCCCUCCUCCCCCUCCGCGCCUGGCACAUGCACCCCCAGACGUUCUGCGGCCUAGAAUGCUGCAGCGAGUGCAAACAGGGAACUUCGCAGGAGGCACAAUGGGGGCAUCUGCCUUGGACAAAGAAUUCGAAAUGACGCUGCGGCUUGGGCCAAAUGCAAUCAACUCGCCGGUCAGCCCGGGAGGAUCACCUAAUACUCCAGAGCUUCUCGCUCCGAAACCGGUACGGGUCGUGCACCCGCCACCACCAGUGUUAGAAGAACCGGCUCAACCCCAUGUGGUCAAAAAGGAGAUACCCAAUGCAGAUUUGCGCAAACAAUUCAGAGAAGGGGAUGCGUUGCGUAUGCACCUUGAUAGAGAAGCGCCAGAAAUCGUUGACUCAAUCGCCGCCGGCGGGCCGGUGAAGAGUGACGCAAACUCUGACUAG